AUGAGCAAUAAUAACAGAGGUGGGAGGGUCGUCUAUGUGGGGAACAUCCCGUUUGAUUUCACGGAGUUUGAUCUUCAGUCAAUUGUGAGCACCGUUGGGACGGUGAUUCUGAUCAAGCUUGCAUUUGAUCAAAUGACCGGGAAAAGUAAAGGUUAUGCCUUUGUUGAGUAUGCUGAUAAUUCCACUGCUGCUUCUGCAGUGAGAAACCUCAAUAACUACCCUGUGGGCAACCGAACAUUAAAAUGUGGGUUUGGUCCAAACUCUUCUGCCAAUACUGGAGGAUCCAUGGUUGACGGACAUGGUAAAUUUGAAGAUUCACUGGUGAAAAUUGGGGGAGAUGGUUAUUCGAAUAACGAUGAUUUGAUGAGAAAGAAGAGAAAAAUAAAUAAUGAUAUUCCUCCAUUGCCUCUAGGAGUGAAGGUUCCUGAAGGGAAUACUCCGUUAUCCUUGAUUUCCUCAACUUUGAAAACGUUUGAUCAAGCAAGGUUACUAGAUUUGGUAAGAGAUGCUAAAGAAAUGUCAAAAAGAGAUCCUCAAUUAAUGGCUGAUUUGUUAGACCAGUGUCCCCAGCUAUCGUCGGCGAUUAUUGAGAUGAUUUUGCUAUUCCAAGUGAAAACUCCUGAACAGAUUAGUAGCUUACUAGAGAAUGCGCCAUCGAAUAGCCAGCGAACAACCAUUGGAGUCCAAGAUCCAGUGGUCAAUAAUAAUACUUCCGCAAAUAAUAAUAAUAAUAAUAAUAAUAAUAAUAAUGGUGAUAAGAGGGACAUAAACAAUAAUGAAAAUGAUAACAACAAUGUUAAUGACAGUAAUAAUAAUGACAAGAAUGAAAAAAGUGGUAAUAAUGAGGUCACUAAUAAUGGAACUAAUGAAUAUAAUGAGAACAGUAAUGGGGCUGGGGAGAAUAAUAGCAACACUAACAACAAUGAUAAUGCUGCUGCAUCUUCUACCGACGCAGCACAACUUGAAGCCAUCAAGCAAGUUAUCCAGUUAACGCCUGAUCAACUUCUGUCAUUACCGGAGGAUCAGCGACAGGCGGUUCUACAAAUUCAAGAAAAUUAUCGACAGGGAUUGUAUGGUUCUAUAUAG